AUGGGUUUUACACUCCCUGAGUGGACAAGUGUAACAGAUGACUGUUACAUCAAGAAGAAAGUCCAUCCAUUUCUUUCACGACACCAUAUUUUAUUAAAUAUUAUUGCUUUUACAUGCGGAUUUGUUAUUUAUUUCUCGAUGUACGCAUACAGAAAAGGUUUCACAGCAGCAGACUACAGAAAUAUUAAAUUAUUAGGCCUUUCAUAUAAAAUGAUGCUAGUUAUAUUACAACUUGCCGGUUAUAUUCUUUCAAAAUUUUGCGGAAUUGUUAUUAUCUCUUCUCUUGACAAAACAAAAAGAGCUUUCAUGCUUGUUGCACUAAUAGGAUUUGCAGAAAUAUCACUUAUUCUAUUUGGAAUUACAAAGGUUCCAUAUAAUGCAUUUUGGAUGUUUUUUAAUGGUCUGCCAUUAGGUUUAAUCUGGGGAUUAGUCUUUUCCUAUCUUGAAGGACGCCGUACAUCAGAACUGUUAGGUUCUGGAAUGUGUAUUUCUUUUAUUAUUUCUUCGGCUAUCAUAAAAACAAUUGCAAAGGAAUUCAUUAGUAUGGGGUACAGUGAUUUUUGGGUUCCGGCUAUUGUUGGUGCUAUUUUCUAUCCAAUUUUGUGUUUAUUUACCUUCUUUAUUGAAUUAGUUCCUCCGCCUGAUGAAGAAGACAUUAAAAGUAGAACAGAAAGAGUUGCAAUGACACAUGAAGAUCGUGUAAACUUCAUAAAAUCGUUUUGGCCAGGUCUUACCGCAAUGAUAAUUUUUUAUAUGUUAAUUUGCGGAUUAAGAGACUUCAGAGAUAACUUUAUGCGAGAAUUAUUUACUGCAAUGGGUGAAACAGAGUCAUUUGUCUUUACAAAGUCAGAAUUAAUUGUUGCAGUUAUUAUUAUCAUUCCUGUUAUACUUUUAAUGUUUGUUAAGAACCAUUUAAUGGGUUUCUUCUUAUACCAUGUAGUUAUUGCUAUUGGUUUCGGCUUACUUCUGUUUGCAACCGUAUUAUACGAAGACAAAUUAAUUUCAGGGGUCACCUGGAUGAUCGUUGUAGGUGCUGCCAUUUAUAUCGGCUUUGUACCAUAUUCUUCUAUCAUUUUUGAUCGUCAAAUUGCUGCAUUUAAAGUCAAAGCAAAUUCUGGCUUCUUAGUUUACAUUGCUGAUUCUUUAGGUUAUGCAACAGCUAUUAUAUUCAUGUUGCUUAAAGAAUUCGGAACAAAAGCUAAUUGGCUCGGUUUCUUCAAGAUCUGUUCGUAUUUUGUUUCGAUUGCUGGCAUUGCUCUUCAGAUGGUAUCAUUGGUUUACUAUUAUUAUAAGUCAAAAUCAAUGUUACACAUCGCUAACGAAAAUGCUCAAGAAAUUUUACUUGAUGAAGCUCCUUCUCAUGAAACUCAUGAAGAUGUGAUGCUAAUGGAAGAAGAGUAA